AUGGGCUCUUUAACCUUUUUGUUAGCUCUGCUCGGUUGUUUUAUCUUACUGGUGUCGUACACUCUUAGAUCGAGGCAUACAGAUAGCCCCAGUUUGACUCCGAACAACAUCAUCAAGGUUUGUUGGCUUACUCGCACCAAGGAAGCUCCCUCAUCCACUCUUGUUACAUCUCAGAAUCUCUUUCGAUUCGGAAUUAGCCCCAAAUCAACUAUCAUUCUGGUUGUUGCUCUAAACCCUCCUCCUUUUGUCAUCAAUGUAGACUCCUCCCCAACAAGGUCAAAUGAGGAUGAUGUCACCUCUUCAGGGGGAAAGAGGAAACGCCGAUGA